UUGACGUCAGAUAAUGAUGGCCUUGACAGUCGACCACAGGUAUAUUAUGUAGACAGGUGAAAAAGAUGAGUCUUUUGACACUUUCUGAAUGUUUUGUGUUACCUGACAACAAAAGAUAAAUGGUUUGUAUGUUAUGAGGAAGUAAGAAAAUGCCAACCAAAGGCAUUACUUGGAGGAAUAGUAUAUUUGGUUUGAUUUAUGUUGAGAUGACAUGCACACUGGAGUAAACAGCAUGCCUUUGACACAGAUUGCUGUGCACCCUUCAGACAAUGUACCCCCAUCAGGGAAACAGACCAAAAAGCCCCAGCCUACACCAACAAAAAAGAAGGAUUCCACUAAGGAAACCCACCAUCUAAAUUCUCCGACCCCCAAAGUCUCGGAUAGAUGUGAGACCAGCCUGUCCAUGGUGUCCUCGGGGCAGGACUGCUGCCGCAUCUGUCAGUGUGAGGUGUGCGAGAUAGAUGAGGACUCGCCACUCAUCGCACCCUGCCUCUGUGAUGGAAGCAUGAAGUUUGUUCACCAGGAAUGUCUUCAGAAAUGGAUCAAAAGCUCGGACAAGGAAUGCUGCGAACUCUGCAAAUACGAGUACAAAAUGACUUCAAAGGUCAAACCAUUCAGAAAGUGGGAAAGACUACAGAUGUCUGCUGUAGAGAGACGCAAAAUUACCUGUUCUGUGACAUUCCAUGUGAUAGCCAUUACCUGUGUCAUCUGGUCACUGUACGUCCUGAUAGACCGGACAACAGAGGAGGUCGAACAGGGGGCUCUAGACUGGCCCUUCUGGACCAAACUUAUUGUAGUGGCCAUCGGCUUCACGGGAGGCCUGGUUUUUAUGUACGUUCAGUGCAAAAUGUAUGUAAGACUCUGUCGUAGAUGGAAAGCAUACAACCGAAUGAUCACAGUUGAAAAUGUCCCUGACGAGGUUAGAAUCAAAGCCAUCGCUACCUAUACGUCACCAGAGAAGGCUAAGAUAGCCGAGGAAGAAAGGGAGGGUGGCAUUAUUAACGAGAGUCUGACCACGGAUUCUGAACUGUUGUAGUGUCCCCUGUUAUCCAAUUAAAUAUGAGGAACUUCUUUUUUUUUUAUUAGAUUGUGUUUCUUAAAUAAUUAUUCUCUCUUAUCCAUUUCUGUUAAACAUUCCACUUAAAGAGCAUAUACUGUAAUCUCAUACAAAAAUAGAUUCUGCACCUCCCAUACAGUUUGAUGUCUUAUAAUUUGGAUGUUACAUUAAUUUUGCUAAUUCAGAAUAUAAAUGAAUAUUAUGAGAGACUUCAAAACUUUUUUUUUUUAUUUCUGCAAAUAUUCCUUGACUCAUGAAGUUUUAUUUCUUGGAUUUGAUACAUUGUUAUUUAUUUUGUCAAUUAUUUUUAUCAAAGGUGAAAUGUACAGAACAAAUGUGAUAUAAUUUAGUGCUUGUAUGGUAAUUCUUUUAUAAAAAAUAGUAUAAGCUUUUUUUCCAAUUCUUAUUUCAGUGAUUUGCCAUGACGAAAGGUUUUUGUUUACAUAUCAUAAAGAGAUGGUUCUCUUGUGAUUUGUGCUUUUCAUUUCCAACAUAUCAGAAUGGGUUUUUUUUCUUUGCAUGCUUACUCUGUGCCAAAUGUUUUGAAUGUAGAAAAGUCAUACUCGUUGUUUAAUGUUUUUGUGUGAAGUUUUACAUAGUUUAUAUUAAUUGUCUUAAUUUUAUGUUUUAUAGAAAUAGUAAUUUAUUGUAAACUCUAUAUUAUUUGCGGUUAAUUUAUCUUGUGAGUUUUUCUGAUAUUUAUUUUUCGAGUGUCUGGAUAUUGACUUAUUUUUCAAAAUUCUA